AUGGCAAAAACAUCAAAAAUUCUUCAAAGCUCAAAACUUUUUGUAGCAUUUUUAUUCUUAUUUAUAUCAAAACAAGCAUUAUCUGUAAGAGGAUGGGCUAUUGGUCCUGCAAAAUAUGUAUUCAGCAUUGAAAAUGCAAUGGACAAUGGCAUUAUGAAUGUCCAUUGUAAUUCAGAGAAUGAUGAUAUUGGUCUUGUUCGCCUUCCAGUAAAUAGCAAUUAUACACACGGAUUCACGACUCAAAUGUUCAAGACGAUAUCUUUCUUUUGUGAGCUUAUGAUCCCUAGUCGCGCUUUCAAGGUUUUUGACACAUUUAGAGAUGUGGUAGAAUUUGUGGAUAGACAAUGUGGAGGAAGACAUUGUUUUUGGAAAGCAACCGAGAAAGGUAUAUACUUGUAUCAUAUUCAAAAACAUAAAUACUACAAGAAGUUUGAAUGGAGUAAGUAUCCACCUAAUAAGGAGGAUCUUAAGAAGCUUGAUGAAUUUGAUGAUAAUCAUAUAGAUUUUGUUUCAUCUUGA